AUCCUUUAUCACCACACCCGCCAACCCGUACUACGAUUCGUUUGUGCGAUGGCAAUUUGAGACCCUCAACGAUCUGGGCAAAAUCAAGUUUGGAAAGCGCCACACCAUCUACUCGCCUAAAGACGGCCAGCCCUGCAUGGACCACGACAGACAGACAGGUGAGGGUGUGGGGUCCCAGGAAUACACGCUGAUCAAACUACACGUGCGGGAGCUGCCCUCUGAGAUGGCCUCCCUGACUGACGGAGGAAAGAAGGUGUACAUGGUCGCAGGCACUCUGCGUCCCGAGACGAUGUACGGACAGACCAAUGUGUGGGUACGCCCCGACAUGAGCUACGGAGCGUAUGAUGUGGGUGAGAAUGAGAUCUUCAUCUGUGCCGAACACUGUGCCAAGAAUCUGUCGUAUCAGGGACGGUCGCCAGUAUUCGGUGAGACGACCAAGGUCAUGGACUUGGUAGGUAUGGAUAUCAUAGGAGUGCCGCUGGAGGCACCUCUGACCUCGUACGACGUGGUCUACACACUGCCUAUGCUGAAUAUCAAGCCCGACAAGGGAUCAGGCAUUGUAACGUCUGUGCCUUCGGACUCGCCGGAUGAUUAUGCCACAUUGCGCGAUCUCAAGAACAAACAGCCCAUGCGCGAGAAGUUCGGUAUCACAGACGAGAUGGUCUUGCCCUUUGAAGUACUUCCAGUCAUCCGCAUUGACGAGCUGGGAGACCUCGCCGCAGUAUUCGCCUGCGACAAGUUCAAAAUCCGAUCACAAAACGAUACCGAAGCACUGGCGAAGGCGAAGGAUCUAGUCUACCUUAAGGGUUUCUACGAGGGUGUUCUUUUGGUUGGUGAUUACAAGGGCAUGAGUGUGGCGGAUGCCAAGCCUAAGGUCAGGGCUGACCUAAUUAAGCAG